AUAAGGGCCAAAUAAAAUUUGACGUGCAAAUUAUUCUAUGAUAAUAUUUGACUUAGUCUUCCACUAGUAUUUAAUUUUUUAAGUCUUCAAGCUACUGUCACCAGAGAAUUUGAUAUCUCCUCUUUCAACUUGAUUCUAUAUAAGUAUCUGAAUUAAAGAGAUUCAAGUUAUAUAUAUCAACAUAGCUUUUGUAAAACAUUAGUUGCUCAUCAGAAGCACUUUUUGAACUGAACCAUUAUUUGAUUUUCCAGUUUCCAGUUUCCACUUCAAAGCUUUCAUGGCAAACCUCGGAACCACACAAAGAAUACCAACGUCCUUCAAACCUUCAUCCCUAACAACUACCGCGUCUGAACCAAAAGGACCGCAUGAAAAACCAUUUGCUGAUUUCAAAUUCUACUGUCCAAUUAACAUUCCCUUAACAGCAGAAGCUGCGGCGUCUCGUAUCGUAAGAAACUUAGGGAAUUUGGGGUUAUACUACACACUCUUUAUUUGGAUCAUACUCUUCAUAACCCUCAUACCUUGUCGAAAAGUGUCCUUGAUUCUGUUGGUUAUUAUGACUUAUGUGACAACCGUUUAUUGUUUAAUAUUAAGAUCGUUUCCUAAUUCAGUUUUGCUGCAUAGAAUCAUAGAUAAAAGGGUUAUAUUGAGUUUGCUAUUUAUUGCAACUGCAAUUCAGCUGAUUUUGACAGAUGCAGGUAUUCAUUUUGCAGUUACUAUGACUUGUAGUGUGCCGGUUGUUUUGCUUCAUGCAGUUUUGUGGGCUAGUAGUUGCGAAUUUUCCUAUGAAACGGAGGAAGAAGGCUCUCGUAAAGAAGAAUUGGCUCCUCUUACGAGCGGCCAUAAUGAUAGCGAAGCUCAGAACUCGGACGCAGUUUGACUUAUUUAUGAGAAAUCAUCGUGUUGCAACUCUAAUUUAAGAAAUUAAGAUGCUGUUUGAUUUAAAUGUCUGUAGAAUAGUUGCUUUUCCUUAAAUUUUGUAGAACUCUGCAAGGAAAUGAUCAUAAGAUGGCAUAUAUGCCGUGUUUGUAAUGAGCAUGAAUACGUGUGCAAAAUAUCUAUACAAUUAUCUUGAAUAAAACUUGAAGACAAUUGUUUGA